AUGGCGAUGGUGCCGUGCCCUUCAGAAGACAGCAUCUCAGCUGCUUCUGGACAGACCCUAGAUUGUGAUGAUCAUCGGCGCAAGGCCGAGGAUAGAUUGAACAUGAGCGAAAAGAUCGCCGAACCCACCACCUACCGUCAUCUGGUGAAUCAGAAGACACCCGUCGAUGAUGACGACGAUAAUGGAGGCGUCGGGUCGACUGACCUAGACCUCAAGCUCUUCAGCCAAUGCGUGCCGUCCGAUGCCAGGAAGAGCAACGAAUCCUCGACAGACGAGAACUGCAAGGUCCCGAAAGCUAGGGUUUUCGCGUGCAACUUCUGCAAGCGAGAGUUCUCGACCUCCCAGGCUUUGGGUGGGCAUCAGAACGCGCACAAGCAAGAGCGGGCGCUCGCCAAGCAGCGCAAGGGGAUGGAAGCUGACCUGCUCGGGGUUCACCCGCACUUCUCGUACUAUUGCUCGGGCGUUCCUCAGAUGCCUCUUUACGGGAGUAUAGGUAGGGCGCUCGGGGUCCGCCAAGAGCCGAUGAUUCACAAGCCUUCUUACCCGCCGUCUGUGCUUCCAGGGUACCGGUUUGGGGGUCUCAGGCCAGUGUGCGGCAUGAAUCCGAACUCAAGACCACCUUUCGAUCGGAUGAGGGUCGAGAGUCUUCAAGCACAUGGCGGUGCCUUUGGGCUUGGCGAGCCGCCACCUCCACCUCCACCUCCACCUCCACCUCCUCCUGCUUUUGAUGGAAGCGCUAGUUCUCUAGUGCACCAAGCUCAAGUCGAUGCAUGUCAUGAUAAUAACAAAUCAAUGAAGAAAGAAGGUGAUCAUCCAGAAGAAGAAGUGCUUCAAAAUGAUGCCUCUGAUCCAUCCGGGAUUGACUUGACUCUCAAGCUUUGA